CGCUCUUUCUCUCUCUCUCUUUCUCACUCGCGCACAUACGUGUUGUUUGUCCAAUUUUCCUGUUUAUAUUUACCUUACCUAUUCUGCUAAAUACUUCUAUUCUAUUAUGCUUUUGUAAAUAGACCAUACAAGUCAUCUUAUUAUCCUUAUAUUUCAUUUCAGAAAGUUUCGGAUAGUUUUGAUACUUGAAAAUAUUAGUACUAUGUCUGAGUUCGAUGCGUUAUGUGAGAGUGUAGAAAGCUUAACGAUGGAUAAUUUUAUGAAUAAUACAAUGAAUUCAAUCGAUUUAGCAGACUACUCAAAUAAAGUUUUAAAAGUGACCAAAAUGCUAUCCAGUUAUUUGGAAAAUAUUAAGAAAAACAAACAGCCAUACAAUGAUAUUUCAAUUGGUUCUAAUAAGCCUUCAGAAAUGAUUAAGAAAUUAAGUUUAAUCAAUUCAAAGACAACUUGGAAUAAAGAUGAUAAUAGCAAUGACAACAAUAAUCAUAACAGGCGCAAUCCAAAAACUUAUAGAAAUUAUAGUGUUUCUUAUAAACAUAAAGCCAGAAAUCAAACUAUUUCAACUGCCAACCAAACUAACCACAGUUUUCGACGUCAAAAUUUUCGAGCAAAAACAUCGUAUAAUAACAAUUACCAAAGGCAACAAAAUGACUAUAUUGGUACGAGCAAUCAUCAUCAACGUAAAAAUACAUUCAAAUACUUAAAAAUAAAAUAAUAUGGAUGAAAACAGUGAUAAUAGCAGUGAUAACGACAGUAAUAUUAGUAGCAUAUCUUCUGAACAAUCAGAUAAUUCUUCAGAACCUUUAAAAAAAAAAAGAUACAAACAGUUCAUGUACAAAAAUUAUAAUCCUCUAGAAGUUAGCAGCCAAAGUAGAAUAAAAUAUGAGCAAGUAAGAAAUCAGCUUCGUAAUGUACAAACGGGCUCUAAUGAAGAUAAUAGUCAAAGUCAUAUUUAACGAUAUUGCUGAAGAAAUAAAUCCUCUUAUUGAUAAUAACGCAAAUCCUAGAAUAUAUCCUGCGGAUAAUGAUGUUGUUAUACACCAAAGUAGAACUACCGAAAACGAACUAAAUCUGCACCCAGAUAAUGAUAUUUCAAUGUGUAAUGAUGAUGAUAGAAAUUUUCAUCUACCAGAAGAUUUAUUUGGAAACGAUUCAGAGUUUUAUUUUGAUGAUGAAAUGAACAAAACAAAAAAUAAAAAACUUAAAAGAUUUGAUGAACACAAAAGGAUUUUUUGACACAAUUACGACACCUGUUAAUAUAAGUGGAGGCGAGCUACUGUUAAUGCUUUUAAAAUUUUGUUUAAUGAAUCAUACAUGUCAAACAGAAAUGUCGAAUUUGUUCAGAUUGAUUAAUGCUAUUUUUGCUGAACCUAUAUUACCGGAAUCACGAUAUACUUUAGAUAUAAUUCUAAAUCCGGACAAUAACACUGAAUUAUAUGGGUGCUGUCAAAAAUGUGGAAAUUGCCUUGGAAAAUUAGGUGAAGUUGAUGAAAAGGUGGUUUGCAAUAUUUGUCAAAAUCAAACAGAUCUAUCUUGAUACCUCAAAAUCAAUAUCUGAUAUUAUCAGCAGUCAUGAUGAUUAUUAUAAUUAUAUUGUGAAAGAAAGAGUUUAUGAAGAAAAUCAUAUGAAAGAUAUUUUUGAUGGUAAAAUGUAUCGUGACUUUGUAUCGCCACUUCCUGAAGAAGACAGGGAUCGCUAUGUAACAUUAACGCUGAAUACCGAUGGUGCUCCAGUAUUUAAAUGCUCAAAAUAUUCGAUUUGGCCUGUGUAUCUAAUGGUACAUGAAAUUCCUGUUCAAGAACGAUUUAACAAAAUUGUAACAUGCUGUUUAUGGUUUAAUAAAAUCAAACCACCCAUGGAGACUUUUUUAUAUCCACCUGAUAAUCAAAUUAACAGCUUAUUCCGUGACGAUAUUAAUUGCAUCAUACAAGGAGAAUUGAGAAAGUUAAAAUUAUUCGUACUUCUUUGCUGUGUCGACACGAUUGCUAGAGCUCCUGUUCUCGGAAAGAACCAAUUUAAUGCUCACUUUGGUUGUGAUUAGUGUGGACAUCCUGGUGAAUGGUGUGGAGGUAGUAUGAGGUAUCCUAUAUUAUUUGAGACACCUAGAGAAAAAGAUAAGGAUAUGACAAUAGAUUACAUGUUACAAGUAGGAUGUAUGGAAAAUCCAACUCCUAUUUAUGGCAUCAAAUCUGUAUCACCUCUGAUUAAUUUACCACAUUUUGAUAUUAUUAAGGGUUUUGUACCGGACUACAUGCAUUGCUGCUUGCUUGGAGUUGCGCAGCAAAUUACUAAUUAUCUGCUUGAUAAAUGCGAUAUGCAUCUUAUUGACGAUUUAAUCAAAAGUAUCAAGGUUCCACAUGUUGUAAGUCGCUUGUCUAGACCAUUUUCAGACAGAAACUAUUGGAAAGCACAGGAGUGGGAAAAUUGGAUCAUAUAUUAUAGCGUCCCAAUUCUAGCUUCUAAAAUCAGUAGUGAAAUGCUUCACUACUGGACUUUGUUUGUAGAAAGUUUAUACAUUUGCUUACAAACAGAUAUAAAUGAAGCUGACUUGGACAGAGCAGAUGAAAUGUUGCACAUAUUUGCAUUCAAAACGCAAAAAUAUUUUGGAAAGACUGCUAUGACUUACAAUAUGCAUCAAUUGUUGCAUUUAGUAAAAAGUGUUUACAAUUCGGGUCCGCUUUGGUCUCAUUCCGCCUUUGCAUUUGAAUCUGGAAAUCAUCAAUUGUUACAGGCAAUUCAUUGUGCAAAAGGAGUGAUUUUGCAAAUUUUGCGAUUUCUUAACAUUAAUUCAAGUACUUUUGCGCUCGAAAAGAAAGUUUAUCCAACUGCAUGUGAAAUUGUUCGAAACUAUUGUGUUACUAUAAAAAAAAUACCAGUGAAAAAAAGUUAUAAAUGAAUGAAUAUAACAUAUUUUGGAAAAGAACUAAAAAUAAGUCAAGAAAAAGCUAUUCAAUUUGGUGUAUCAGAAGAUAGAGUAUAUUAUAGAAUGGUGAAAGAUGGAUGUCUACGAAGACCCAAUCUUCGCUCUGAUAAUUCUUUUGCUUUAUUAAAAGAUAAUAGGACAAUAAAAA